AAACACAUGGGCUCCCAGAAUGCAACAAUUUUGGCGGGAGAUAUUGAAGAUUGAAAAUCAAAUUACUGUCAUUAAAAGGCGGGUAUAGACUAAUCAAUAUUUGCGCAAACUUAUUGCUCGCACUUGCUGUCCAUGACGUCAUAAAUUUGAAAUUGAUCAAAGAUGGCUGACAGGACUGUACAAAAUUUCGCCGACUAGUUUUGCUAAAUAUCGGUCGUGAAAUUGUGUGAAAGGAAUACAUCUGACAUAAGCAGACAACAAUGAAAUGACAUAUAGCAUAUCUCAAAUAUAUUUUACCAAUUUCUGGCAGUGAACCGAAUCAAAUUAGUCAUAGAUAGAACUAUAGCUGAAAGAAAUCACUCUAAGUCAAAAUUUGGAUAUAAGUAUCAGGAUGGCAACUUUGGAUGAGUUUGCGGCAUCAGUGUCUACUCAAGACACCCGUAAGAGGCUGCAGGUUCAUGGGGAUCUAGUACGACACCUGCAGGACCCCAUAUGUUCAAUAUCAUGUGAGGACUUUGAUCAGUUCAUUGAAGGACUCGUUGGUUGGGUUAACUGCAGCAACUAUAAGGUAUCUUUAAAUGGCCUGGAGGUGCUGGGACUAUUGGUGAACAGGUGUGGGGAGAACUUCAAGAUGCAUGUCAGCAAUAUUCUUCCUGCAGUGAUGAACCGAUUAGGAGACAACAAGGAUGAUGUAAGAGAGGGAGCACAGGAUCUCCUGCUUAAACUUAUGGUGCCAGCUUCAUCCGCCCAGUAUGUGUUCGACCGUAUCAUGACAGGUUUCAAGCACAAGUUAUGGAGAGUGCGAGAACAAGUGCUGUUAUGCUUAGCCAGUACUAUAAAUCAUUAUGGUGCCAAAUCUCUCACAUUGUCCAAGAUUGUUCCUUCCAUAUGCAAGUGUCUUGAAGACCAAAGUGGACCUGUCCGAGAUGCUGCUACUGCUGCACUAGUUGAGAUAUAUCGCCAUGUAGGGGAGAGGGUACGGAAUGAUCUCAGUAAAAAAGAAAUUAGCGCAUCCAAAUUAAAAAUUCUGUUUGAAAGGUUUGAUCAAGUGAAACGUAGUGGAGACAUGCUUCCUACAGCAGACCUUGCAUUAUGGGGAAAUGAUGACACAGAUUUCGCCAAACCCCAUGGGGCGGCACCAAAAAAGAUGAUGGCUAGCACAGGACGUAAGAGCAUGAUGCCUACCAGUCGGUCUUCAGGCUCAGGGACUGCAGCUGGUGGGGUAGAUGAAUCAAUGUUUAUUAAAGAAUUUGAAAAUGUUCCAAAAGUCAGUUUUUUCUCUGGUAGAGAGUUAGAUGAUCACAUGGAAAAGAUCCGAGCAGCACUAACAGACCUGAAUCAUGACACUUGGGAAAAACGUGUAGAAGCUUUACGUACACUGCGGGCAUUGAUGAUAGCAGGAGCGAUGGACCAUGAAGACUUUAGAUCAAAUCUGAAGAAUCUGGAGAGUUGUACUAUACAGGCAGCUAAAGAUCUCCGUUCUCAGGUUGUCAGAGAGGCCUGUAUCACAUUAGCGUAUCUAGCUCAGCAAUUAGGAAACAAGUUUGAUAAGUUUGCAGAAGCAGUAUUUCCUACCCUUAUCAACCUUGUACCCAACAGUGCUAAAAUCAUGGCCAGCUCUGGAACAGUAUGCAUACGUUUCAUUGUACAGAACACACAUGCGCCUAGGUUAUUGCCCAUCAUAUUUGGUAAUCUUUCAUCGAAAUCAAGUGUACUAAGAAGAACAUCAUUUGAGCUACUAGACUUCCUCCUCCACACAUGGGAGACCCAUACUUUAGAGAGACAUAUAGCUCAGCUCCAGGAUGCUAUCAAGAAGGGUCUAACAGAUGCAGAUUCAGAAGCAAGGGCUCAUGCUAGGAAGGCAUUCUGGGGUUUCCAUGAGCACUUCCAAGGCCAGGCCCAGAGUUUGCUCAACAAUUUAGACAGUAAGAGUCAGAAGAUGCUACAGGGUGAACUCAGCAACUCUUCUAGUAACAACUCCAUAGCAAGUACAGGGCGACUCACUAUGUCUGCCCCAAGUAAACGUACAAGGUCUGUCAGCCAAGACCGGGCAGGCAGUGAGUCAUCAUAUGGGAGGACUUCUACAGGACCAAGACGGUCCAUGGUCCCCAAAGUUGCCAGCCCUAGGAGUGACACUACAGAAGAGUCAGCUGAUGGUCGUGGAGGGUUGAUGCGCUCCAGUAGCGCAUCAGAUCUCCUGGAUGGUGGUACCCCUUCUCGUCGUGGCACCUCCGCAACACGGAUCCCCAGCUCUGGUGUAGCCAAUUAUAACUCCCUACCCCGACAACGAACACGUUCCUCAAAUUCUACCUCGAAAGGCAUGUCGAAUACAUUAUCUACUCCCGACAGGAGUGCAAGGCAAAGGUCACGGAUAGGUGUCUCUGCUUCACAACCCGGCAGUAGAUCCACUUCUCCGACAUCACGUAUGAAUUAUAUCACAUACCAGCAACCUGAUCAGGGUAUGUUGGCCCCUGGGUCAGCUGGGGGCCCCAGGCGUAGGUCUGGGAUCCCUCGUAGUCAGGGGGCAAGUAGAGAAACAAGUCCAUCGAGCAUGUCCAGGGUUGGAUACAGUCGAGAAAGGCGUACAAGUGGCAGUAGAUCACAGCCCAGGCCAAAGGGGGCCCAGAGGGUACUAGGACUUGGAAAUGUAGAAGCUGCAGAACAAAUACUGGCAGAUAAACUGAGACAACCACUGCGUAAACGUUAUGACACAUACGACUCUGAUGAUGCCAGUGAGACAUCCAGUAUAUGCAGUGACAGAUCCUAUGGCUCAUAUAGCAGAGCAUCUGAGCGGGAAGACAGGAAACAUCAUCCCGUAGAAGAGGAUGUGUCAGAUAUCCUAGCUAACAUGUCCAGUUCAUCCUGGGCUGAUAGGAAAGAGGGACUAAUAGCCCUGCAAGGCCUGCUCAGUGGUUCAAGAUACCUAAAUCGUAUUGAAUUGAAAAAAGUUACAGAAAUAUUUACCAGAAUGUUCCAUGACCCACAUGGGAAGGUUUUUAGUAUGUUCCUGGAGACGUUAGUUGACUUUCUCUCUGUACAUAGGCAAGAUUUAAAUGACUGGUUAUACAUAUUACUAACCAGACUGCUGAACAAAAUGGGCUCUGAUAUGUUAGGCUCUAUACAAAUGAAGGUUCUCAAAGCAUUAGAUUUGGUUAGGGAAUCUUUUCCAUAUGACAGCCAGUUUAAAUUACUAACAAAAUUCAUAAUAGACCAGACACAAACGCCAAAUCUUAAAGUUAAAAUAGCCCUAUUAAACUACUUGCAUCAAUUGAGCACAGUCAUGGACCCAAGUGACUUUAAUAACUCUAGUGACACCAGGCUGGCUAUAUCCAGAAUCAUCACAUGGACAACUGAGCCAAAAAGUGCGGAAGUUAGAAAGGCAGCCCAAUCCUGUCUUAUAGCCAUGUUUAACCUGAACACACCAGAGUUUUCUAUGAUGCUGUCCCACCUGCCAAAAACAUUCCAGGAUGGUGCCACUAAGAUUCUACACAAUCACUUGAGGAGAGGGAGUCAAGAGCAUGAGGUUCUCUCCCCAAGGAACGUUGCUAGUCCACAGACAGCCCCCUCCCCCAGACCUCGGACAUCAUCCAGGACGUUUUCUAGUGACACAAAUCAAGAAACAGAAAAUAUGAAUCCCCAAGAUAUAUUUAACUCAAUUAAAAAGACUACAGCAGACAUUCAAAAUUUAAAUGCAUCAUAUAAUGACACUAAAAAGGAGAGAGACAGUACAUCACAGGAUAGUGGAAUACAGAGUUCAUUGCCAGAUGUUAGUAGGAUAGAUAGCCCAAGUAACAAAGGAGUAAAUCAUGCAGAGUCACCCAGGGCUGUCCUUGCUAGACAGCAGUAUAAUCCAGCUUCAUAUCAAGAUGAGCAAAAUAACUACAAUCGUGCAGCAUUGGCAGAGGCUGUGUUUGAUGUUGAGAAUGAAUUGUUCAAUGAAGAAUUACCAGACCAGCAAGAUAUGAUAUCAGAAAUCCUAGCAGAACUAUCCAAUCACAACGAGCGCCAAGAAGAGCGCAAGAAUGCCAUGUUAACUCUAAUAAAGAUGACACGGGAAGGAACUAUGGCACUAUGGGAUGAACAUUUUAAGACAGUUUUGUUGCUCCUACUUGAAACACUGGGAGAUGAUGAUGGUCACAUCCGAGCUUUGUCUCUGCGUACAUUGCGUGAGAUAAUGAGGCAUCAACCAGACAGGUUCAAGGAAUAUGAUGGCCUCACCAUUCUCAAGAUAUUAGAGGCCCAUAAAGAUUCACAGAAAGAGGUGGUGCGAGCAGCAGAAGAAUGUGCAAUGACAUUAGCUAAGUCUGUACCAUGUGACCAAUGUGUGCGGGUACUUAAGCCAAUCGUAGAGACAGCUGCGUAUCCAAUCAACCUAGCUGGUAUCAAGAUGCUUACCAAGGUUGUUGAAGGAAUGGAGGAUAAAGCUGCCUGUGAGAAGCUGUUGUCUCAAAUGAUACCUGGUCUGAUACGUGGCUAUGAUAACAGUGAGAGCAGUGUGCGUAAGGCCAGUGUAUUCUGUCUUGUGGCCCUCUAUAACAUCAUGGGAGAAGACCUGAAAGUGCACCUAGGAGAUCUCAAUGGCAGCAAGAUGAAGUUAUUGAACUUGUACAUCAAACGUGCAAAGUCCCAGUCUACCAGUCCAUCAAAGGCAGUCUCUCCUACGUCAUCAGAUGGUGGUCACAUGACAGUCUAGCCUAGCAACACAAUGGAUUUGAUUGCAGUAGACACAAUGGUUGCCAAAGGAUCAAGAGUGUUUCUAUGUGGAAACAUAGUAAACAGUGAACUGUGUCUUGAUGACAUUCACAGUUUGGUAACAUAGAACUAUGAUAAUAACACCUGUCACACUGACAUCAUCAUAGUGACAUCAUCAUAAUGACAUCAUCACUGAUCCUGAUUCAUUUGAAACACAGGUGAUUUGAAUUGGAUCACAUUUACAGUGCACCCUGAUGGUGAUAGAGAAAUCCUGUUAAAUGUUCCAUUAAGUAAGGCUCUAAGAGACUAAAUGGAAGUACAGUCAUAAUAUAAGACAUCCCAAGAGCUUACUUGAAACUGAGGUAUAGUAGACGCUAAUGCAUUCUGCCAGUAUGAUCCUCCUGUACAGUCUAAAGCUAAAUAGAGGAAAUCGCAAACUGAGUGUUGGGUGAAGACAUUCUUAUUAGGUGGAAAACACUAUUGCUGUAAUUUCUUAAUGUUGUUGGAUGCAGUCAGUUGAUCCUAGUUUACACUUGAUCUGCUGGUAAGUCAUUGUAUAGACAAGCAAUUGGACCAGUUGCAUCACAGAGUCACUGGACUGGUAAAUCAUUGAAUAAACUAGCAAUUGGACCAGUUGCAUCAC